UGCAACGCUAGAGUCCGGGAAGCCUUGGGUGCACGAUGGGGUAAUAAGGCAGUGGCGGUGUAGCGGUUGAUGUCCUUGGAGGUGACCAGAGCGACCGCAGGGAUGGUUCUAGCAGAGCUGUAUGUCUCAGAUCGAGAAGGAAACGAUACAACGGGAGAUGGAACCAAGGAGAAACCAUUUAAAACAGGUCUCAAGGCUUUGAUGACAGUAGGAAAAGAACCAUUUCCUACUAUUUAUGUAGAUUCACAAAAGGAAAAUGAGAGGUGGGAUGUUAUUUCUAAAUCACAGAUGAAAAAUAUUUUAAAAAUGUGGCAUAGGGAACAAAUGAAGAGUGAAUCCCGGGAAAAGAAAGAGGCAGAAGAUAAUUUGUGAAGAGAAAAGAACCUAGAAGAAGCAAAAAAGAUUACCAUUAAAAAUGAUUCAAGUCUUCCAGAAGCAAAAUGUGUGAAGAUUCACGCAUUAGAAGGAUAUAGAGGCCAAAGAGUGAAAGUGUUUGGCUGGGUCCACAGGCUGCGUAGGCAAGGGAAGAAUUUAAUAUUUCUGGUAUUGCGGGAUGGUACAGGUUAUCUUCAGUGUGUCUUGUCAGAUGAUUUGUGCCAGUGUUACAAUGGAUUAGUCUUGUCUACUGAGUGUAGUGUUGCAGUGUAUGGAAUGCUAAAACUUACUCCAAAGGGCAAGAAGGCUCCAGGGGGCCACGAGCUGAGUUGUGACUUCUGGGAACUGCUUGGGUUGGCCCCUGCUGGAGGUGCUGAUAACUUGAUCAACGAAGAGUCUGACGUCGACGUCCAGCUCAACAACAGACACAUGAUGAUCCGAGGAGAAAACAUGUCCAAAAUCCUAAAAGCACGUUCCAUGGUCACCAGGUGCUUUCGAGAUCACUUUUUUGAUAGGGGCUACUGUGAAGUUACACCUCCGACACUAGUGCAAAUGCAAGUGGAAGGGGGAGCUACGCUCUUCAAGCUUGACUAUUUCGGGGAAGAGGCAUUUUUGACCCAGUCCUCUCAGUUGUACCUGGAGACCUGCCUUCCAGCCCUGGGGGAUGUUUUUUGUGUCGCACAGUCAUACAGGGCGGAACAGUCCAGAACACGAAGGCACCUGGCUGAAUACACUCACGUGGAAGCUGAGUGCCCUUUCCUGACCUUUGAGGACCUCCUGAACCGAUUGGAGGACUUGGUCUGUGACGUGGUAGAUAGAGUCUUGAAGUCCCCUGCAGCAAGUAUAGUGUAUGACCUCAACCCGAACUUUAAGCCCCCCAAACGGCCUUUCAGACGGAUGAACUAUUCAGAUGCUAUUGUGUGGCUAAAAGAACAUGAUAUAAAAAAAGAAGAUGGAACUUUCUAUGAAUUUGGAGAAGAUAUCCCAGAAGCUCCUGAGAGACUGAUGACAGACACCAUUAAUGAACCAAUCUUGCUGUGUCAAUUUCCUGUGGAGAUCAAGUCCUUCUGUAUGCAGCGAUGUCCUGAGGAUUCCCGUCUUACUGAAUCUGUCGAUGUCUUGAUGCCCAAUGUUGGUGAGAUUGUGGGAGGCUGAAUGCGUAUCUGGGACAGUGAAGAAAUGCUGGCAGGUUAUAAAAGGGAAGGGAUUGACCCCACUCCCUACUACUGGUAUACAGAUCAGAGAAAAUACGGUACGUGUCCUCAUGGAGGAUAUGGCUUGGGUCUGGAACGGUUCUUAACUUGGAUCCUGAAUAGAUAUCACAUCCGAGAUGUGUGCUUAUACCCCCGGUUUGUCCAGCGCUGCCAGCCGUGACCAAGGCCUCUUGCAGCAUGAAGGAGAGAAUAUGGUCAUGAAAGGAAUAGACUGCCUCUUUAAGAAAAACACAAAACAAAAAGCCAGAAUCUUCCCUUUUUGUUCCAUUGGGAUAUAAACUGUUUCUGUUCUCUAUGUUUUUUAUUCCUACUACCAUAAAAAGUAGCCCAA